AUCGCAACUAUUUGCGCAAUCGAUAUAGGCCCGAUACGAGUACACGAGUGGGGAGGUGGCAACAAAGUCGUGGAGGUUCCUAUUCGUGAACAUCACUGGCCCGGAGAUAUCACUGCGAAGCCACUCGCGUUAGUUUGUCGCGCUCCAUCGUCUAAAGCGGUCGCAGCGGAUAGCAGAGCAAUUUUCCUCGUUUAGGCUACCUACCUACGUCAACCAUGAGAAUUAAUUCCAUCGUACCCAACUUCAGCGCGGACACCACCAAGGGUCCCAUCGACUUCUACGAGUGGCAAGGAGAUUCAUGGGUAGUUUUGUUCUCCCAUCCUGCCGACUUCACCCCAGUGUGCACCACCGAGCUGGGACGUUUGGCAGUCCAUCAGCCCCAUUUCGAAAGUCGGAACACGAAACUUCUGGCUCACUCCGUGGACCAACUGCAGGACCACGUCGACUGGGUUAACGAUAUUAAAUCUUACUGCCGAGACAUCCCCGGCGCCUUCCCUUAUCCAAUCAUCGCGGAUCACGAUCGGACACUGGCGGUGAAAUUGGACAUGAUCGACGAGGACGGUAAGGACGACCCAGAAAAAGCCAUGACAGUUCGAGCGCUCUACAUCAUCAGCCCUGAUCAUCGUCUGCGUUUGUCCAUGCACUAUCCAACGUCCACUGGUCGCAACGUUGAUGAGAUACUCCGAGUCAUUGACUCGUUGCAGCUGGUCGAUAGGAAGCCAGAAAUUGCUACUCCCGCCAACUGGGUGCCUGGCGAGAAAGUGAUGAUUUUACCAACUGUAAAGGACGAAGAAAUCCCUAAACUCUUCCCUGGCGGUGUGGACAGAGUCACAAUGCCUUCUGGGAAGGUCUACGUGCGCACAACCACGGAUUAUUAAGCGAAAACAUGAUGAUUCCAAACACGAUCUUCGACUGAACGAAUAACGCAUCGAUCAUCGGUGAACGAUUAGCAAUUAAGUAACGCGUUGCCUUCCAUACUUUUUGUGAUGAUAUCGCUACAUCGCUGAUAAACACGAUUACGUAAGACACGGGUUUCCUGUAAAUCUGGUUCCGAUUUGAAAUUAGAGUACGCGCAACGAGACGGUGUCGAGUUUCGCACGAAUACGUGCGCACAAUAUUUACCGAAUUUAUUGUAGCCAGAUAACAUUUACUUUCGUUGGUGUGGCAAAUUUUGUAUCUAAAUAAAAAUUUCAAAUAUCGAGUAAAAGAUGAGAAAUAAAUAUUUUUAAAGACAAA